CAUCGUGCUGUCGUCAUUAGUGACGCAGCACAGUUAAGCGCGCGGACUUCGGUGUCGUCUGUACAUUUGGUGAACGGCGGUUCUUUGGAUUCAUAAAUACUGUUUUUCCAAGCAGAAAUGAUGUUCUUCAUCCUUAACAGACAAAUGAAAUCGGUCAUCAUGUGUAAUCAAGCUUGUAGUACUUGUAUUCUUUAACCGACUGAGUGACAUUAGACACAAUCUGUGACGGGAAGUUUGAGUUGCUGCAGCCACUGCUUCUUAUCCAGAAACAUCUGCGUGUCGUACCCUCUGUUAAAAAGUGUCUUAGAGCAAGAUUGUUCUUCUGUUAUACCUGUUUGAUCCAUCAAAAUGACUCCCAACGGAUAUUUAAUAUUUGAAGACGAGAGCUUCCUUGAUUCUACUGUGGUCAAGAUGAAUGCUUUGCGUAAAAGCGGCCAGUUUUGUGAUGUCAGACUACAGGUCUGUGGACAUGAGCUGAUGGCCCAUAAGGCUGUGCUGGCCUGCUGUAGUCCUUAUCUAUUUGAGAUUUUCAACACUGACUCUGAGCCACCUGGUGGGGUUUCACUGGUAAAAUUCGAUGACCUUAACCCUGAUGCUGUGGAGAUCUUGCUUAACUAUGCCUACACAGCCCAACUGAAGGCAGAUAAAGAUCUGGUUAGAGAUGUGUAUUCUGCAGCAAAGAGGCUCAAAUUGGAGAGGGUCAAACAAAUCUGUGGAGACUACCUACUAGCAAAAAUGGACUCCCAGAGUGCCAUUUCAUACCGCAACUUUGCUAGUUGCAUGGCUGAUGGGCGGCUUCUGGGAAAGAUUGAUGCUUUUAUACAGGACCAUCUUCAGGAGAUCUCAGAACAGGAUGACUUCCUUAAACUUCCUCGACUGAAACUGGAGGUUAUGCUAGAGGACAACCUGAACUUGCCAGGUAAUGGCAAACUGUACUCAAAAGUGAUAAGCUGGGUGCAGCACAGCCUGUGGAAGAAUGGAGAUCCCCUGGAGAAACUGAUGGAAGAGGUGCAAACGCUGUACUACUCAGCAGAUCACAAAUUGCAUGAUGGGAGCCUGCUUGAGGGGCAGGCAGAGGUCUGCAGCUCUGAGGAUGACCACAUCCAUUUUGUGCAGAAGAAGCCUCCUCGAGAGAGAGACGAGAUGGGCUCAGGUGCCUCUGGCAGCCUCUCUCCCUCCAACAGCCAGUUCAACAAGCACGAAUGGAAGUAUAUUGCCUCAGAGAAGACCACCAACAACACAUACCUGUGUCUGGCUGUUCUGAGAGGUGUGCUGUGUGUGAUCUCCCUGCACGAUCACACCAGUCCUCGUACUUCCCCAUCUGCUACGCCAUGUGUUCUGAAGAGCCCGAGCUUUGAGGCCCAACCAGAAGAUCUGCAGGAGAAGCUGUUGAAGCCUAUGCAUUAUGCUCGCUCAGGCCUGGGAACUGCUGAAAUUGAUGGCAAGCUCAUUGCUGCAGGUGGCUAUAACAGAGAAGAAUGCUUGAGGACUGUGGAGUGUUAUAACCCAAAGAAGGACUGCUGGACUUUCAUUGCCCCCAUGCGCACUCCACGAGCUCGCUUCCAGAUGGCUGUCCUAAUGGGUGAACUGUACGUGAUGGGUGGCUCCAACGGUCACUCAGAUGAGCUGAGCUGUGGAGAGAUGUAUAACCCUAAGGUUGAUGAGUGGAUUCAAGUCCCUGAGCUCCGCACUAACCGUUGCAAUGCAGGUGUGUGUUCUUUGCAAAACAAGCUUUUUGUGGUGGGUGGAUCUGAUCCAUGUGGCCAAAAGGGCUUGAAGAAUUGUGAAUCCUUUGACCCAGUGACAAAACUGUGGACCAGCUGCGCACCCCUCAACAUCAGGAGGCAUCAGGCAGCAGUCUGCGAGCUAAAUGGAUUUGUGUACGUGAUUGGUGGUGCUGAGUCCUGGAACUGCUUAAACUCAGUAGAGCGCUACAACCCAGCAAACAACACAUGGACCCUGGUGGCCCACAUGAACUUGGCCCGUCGUGGAGCUGGUGUAGCUGUGUAUGAAGGGAAACUGUUUGUGGUCGGAGGAUUUGACGGCUCUCACGCUCUGCGUUGUGUGGAGGUCUAUGACCCAGCCAAGAACGAGUGGAGGAUGUUGGGUAGCAUGACAUCAGCACGGAGCAACGCAGGGCUGGCUGUGCUGAACGGUGUGCUCUGUGCAGUCGGGGGCUUUGAUGGCAAUGAGUUUCUCAACACCAUGGAGUUGUAUGACCCAGAGAUCAAUGAGUGGAACCCGUUUAUAGAGGCAUUAAGCAAGAUCUGAAGGGUGUCGGGAUCUCUCCUGUCCUCAAACUGACACACAUUGUAAUGUGACUGUGUUUUACUGAUGUGCUGAGGAGAGAGACUGAUAGAUGCUUAUAUUGGGUUGCCCAAAGCAACAUAAAGCUUUUGCAUAUUGCAUAAUAACUAUGUAAAUAUUUUUUUCUUUCUUUCUUUCUCCUUUUUUAUCUUUUGCUAUCAAAGCCAUUACCUGGAGUGAUAUUUUAAGAUGGUAUGGUUAAUGUCAUGAGAACAGAUUUAUUCGAUUGUUAUAAUGUGACCUGUGUCGAAGGUGCAUGACACAGUGCUUAAGUUCAUCAUGAAUUAUUUGACAUUGAUUUAGUGUCUUGCUUAUUGAAGAUGAGAUCUAUUUAUGUAUAGCGGUAAAGUCUUUGACAACAGAAUACUUGGCUCAUCUUAAAUGGAGCCAAAAUGCUUCAGUGGGAUUGUAUCUUAUCUUUUUAUAGCAUUUUAUAAAACUUAUUUAAGUGUCUAACAUGUACACCUGACAAGUGUACAUUCCAGUUAUGAAUGAAUUUGUUCCGCAGACUUGUUUUUACCAAGAUUCUUAUCUUGUAUUCUAAAAAGGCCAAUGAUGAUAAUGCCACUUUUAACACCAAUUAAUGUUUAAUCUUAUUAAUUUUUGUAUUUAAAACUGUUAGACCUGAUUUCUUAAUGAUUAAUGAUUAUUUUUGUUUUGUUUUUUGGUACAAAAAAGGUGCAAAGAUUAAUAAAUCUUUUCAACUUUGA